CAGGGUGAAAUGGCGGCCUCUUCCUCAUCUUCUUCAGCCGGAGGAGUCAGCGGCAGCUCUGUAACAGGAUCGGGGUUCAGCGUUUCGGACCUGGCAUCUCCCCGAAAAGCCCUCUUCACUUACCCCAAAGGAGCUGGGGAGAUGCUGGAAG